UGUUACUGAAAGCAAAGAGCUCCUUUUAGUUUCCUCCACCGUACACAUCUGCGCGGACUGUAAUCCAAACACCGAGGCAUAUUUGUUCAACGGCUAAAAUGCUGCUGCUAUACGUUAGCGUUCAUUUUGAUCUCAGCUAACGUCAGCUCGUGUUAGCUUGGCUGAGCCUCUGCUGCUCGGAGGAGCACAGACAGUUUGGGGCAUUUUGCCGACUACGAAUGUAUUUCAGCAAUAUCAAUAAAUGCUCCAAGACAUUAUAGCACAGAGGCUUUGAUCCCAUCAGAUGGAAGCGCCCCUAACGUAAUGCUAACACAGCUAGCCGAGCAGCUUGAGGUUCGAAUCCAGGGAGAGAGAUGUGGGACCAGGGAGGACAGCCCUGGCCGCAGUGGCCUCUGAGCCAGCAGCAGUGGAUGCAGUCCUUCCAGCACCAGCAAGAUCCAGGUCAAGUGGACUGGGCCGCUCUGGCACAGGCAUGGAUAGCCCAGAAGGAGUCCACAGUAGCAGAGCAGCCGAGCGUUCAGCCCAAUGGGCAGGACAUCCCAGGCCUUGAACCCGUCGGACAAAGUAACCACGGUGCCUUCCAGGGUGACCCAGCUUUUGGCAGAAUGUGGCAGCCAGAAUGGGGAAUGCACGGACAGCCACCCCCUCCUCCUCCUCCUCCUCCUCCUCCACCCCCUGAUCAGGCCUGGAUCCCUCCAGGGUCAGGACCAAUGGAUGUGGUGAACCCCAGUGAGGACAGCAACAGCCAGGACAGCGUGGAAUUCAACUCUGAAGCCCACCACGGGGUUUACCCCCAGAACAGCCAUGGGUAUGGGGCACAGCCCGACAGCUACGCCAUGGCCCCCAUGGCCAUGAACCAGUUUGAUUAUCAGCAUGGAGCUGCCUCGUCCUUCGCCCCCACACCUACGGGCUUCCACUCUCCAUACUGGCAGGGUCCUCCUCAGAACAGACGAGAUGCCCGACCCCCCGGGUUCAGAGAACGGCCCAGAUCCCCCAUCCAGCUCCCUGUCAAGCAGGAGGCCGCAGCACCAUUAGAUGCUGUGAAAAGACGAACACUACCUGCGUGGAUCCGUGAAGGCCUUGAAAAGAUGGACAGAGAGAAGCAGAAGAAGCUGGAGCGCGAACGAAUGGAGAAGGAGCGCGCAGAGAUGGCAAAGGAUAAUAGCAACGAACACGAAGCAGACAAGGAGGGUGACGGGCCACGUGUGCCUCGCAAGAGCAAAUUUGACAGUGACGAUGAGGGGAAUGAAGACAACAACGAGGAAGAGAAGCCCGUCAUAAAGAGGGAGUUUUCUGUCCGGAGCCCAUCACCUCCUGCAGAGGACAGUGAACCUGAAAUGACUGAGGAGGAAAAGGAAUUUCAGCUAAUGAUCAUCACAAAAACACUUCUGACAGAGAUCCUUCUUGAGGUCACCAACGAAGAGAUCCUGCACAUUGCCAAAGAUACUCACCGGAAAGCCACUCGAGCUCCUGCAAAACAGCUGGCACAGUCAAGUGCACUGGCUUCUCUGACUGGUCUCAGCGGGCUCGGUGACUAUGGUUCAGAUGAGAGUGAGGAUGAGGAGGAGCACAGCAUGCGAGGAUCCGAGUCCUCUGACACAGACGAGGAGGAGUUGCGCCACCGCAUCCGGGAGAAGCAGGACGCCUUCCGCCGCAAAGAACGGGAAAUGCAGCAGCUGCUAGAAAAACAAGCACAAGAGGCUCUGCUUGCACGCGAGGAGAUGGUGAAGGAGAGAUUGAGCAGAGAAAAAGGGGAACAUGAUGAGGGCCAGGCAGAGAUUCCACACAAGCAGGAAGUAAAAGAGAGGGAGGCGGAGCCCAUGGUAGAGAGGCGUAGGUCCCGUAGUGAAAAGGAGGGUAGUGAAAGCAAGCACUCGGGUAGAGGGAAGGAGCGAUCGGGACGAGGUGGUAGCGGUUCCCCUGCAAAUGGUCACAGCAGCAGCUCAUUGUCCACCUCCAGCCACAGCAGCAGUCGUUCUUCAUCAUCCUCCUCUUCUUCUUCAGCAUCUUCCCGCAGCUCCUCUCGAUCAUCCUCCCCACAAAGGAAGAGGAGACGCAGUCGCUCUUCGUCUCGCAAGGUUCGCAAACGCAGCCACAGUUCACACAGGCGUCGCAGCGAGCGUAGUGAGAAGGUCCGGGACAGGAGGAGGAGCAGCACAGACAGGUCAGGCCGCCACAAGACAGACCGCAGUGAUUCCAGGGAGCGCAGGAGUCGCAGGAGCAGGUCCAGAUCUAGAGAGAGAGACAGGGGCAGAGCCAGGGCCAGAGACAGCCGCAGUCGCAGCAGAGAGAGAGAAAAGGAGAAAGAGCAAGAAAAAGAGAGGAAGAGGAGCCGAGAGUGCAGGGACAGCAGUCAUAGUCGCAGCAGCAAACACAAGCAGAAGGCCUCCAGCAAAGACCGCGAGAGGCGGAGAGACAGGAGUCGCAGCCAUGAGAAAGAUAAGAAAAAGAAGGAUAAAGACAAGGAUAGGGAGAAAGAUUCUGAUAAAAGGAAAGAAAAACCAAAGGGCAAUGAGAAGGAAAAGGAAAAAGGAAGCCCUGGAGUCACAGAGGAGAAUGGCAAAUCAAAGAAACGGAGAGAGAGCAACUCAUUUACGGACUCUCAGAGUGACAAGCACUCCCGGCAGGAUAGCAAAGGCAGCAAGAAGGGCUCCGCCAAAGUUAGCAAGAGACGCUCAGACUCUGACUCGAGUAGAUCCCCUACCCCCGAGGUUAGCAAGGAAAAGAAAUCUAAGAAAUCCAAACGUAGUCGCUCACGGUCGACGGAAAAAUCUCACAAGUCUGGUAAGAAGGCAAGCCGCAAACACAAGUCUAAGUCGCGAUCAAGGUCAGCGUCCCUCUCCCGUCAUAGCAGACGCUGAGGAGCACAGCUAACCUCAUGAUCUGUGCACGAUACCAUUUUAAAUUCCAUGAGUUGAACAGGCUUGUCUCAUUAUAGAGGCAGUUGUGUAGGUGACCGCCCCUCCCUCCCUCUCUCUUUCUCUCUCUCUCUCACAUUUCUUUUUUUUUUUUUCAUCUGUGUAAAUAUGUUGUUAUUUUAAAGUGUGACUGAAGAACAAGACAUUUCGAAUGGUAGGACUUUACACUUGUAAUUUUAUGCAAAACUUAACAAGAUUCAGUAAACACUAAAGAUUCAACUUGUAUCAUUUUAAACAGUAACAGGGUUCAUCUUUUUCCUCCAAUAUUAUUGUAAAAUGUCAAUAAAACCGUUUGUUCCUUG